AUGUCCCACGCUCGGCAGCUCGUGCUCCUGCUCAUCGCUAUUCAUGUAUCAGCCGGCCUGAUCCCACCAAUGUUCCGCACUAUCGUUUCGGAGGAUGAAGCCAGCACCUUGAUCGCCGCGCUGGGCGCGAAGCCCUGUAUUCGAGAGUGCCUAAAGCCGGUGUUGGACGGGGCAAAUGAGCUGGACGAGAUGUUGCCUUCCCAGGCUCUAAAGACCAUGUGCAGCGCCCAAAAAGAAACCGUCAGCUGUCUCAUCAAGCAGCCAUUGUGUUCCGGAAAAGUUGUCGUCGAUGUGGCCCUAAGCGGCCUUCAACAAGCCUGCGGCUCCAAGAAGCCGAUAUUCAAGCUGAUGGAAAAGUGCCUGGACGAGAAAGCCGCGCCGGUCUAUGCUUCGUGCAACGACUUGUGCAUGGUACAGAGCGCGAUUGGCAAUUUGACGGAAAGCGCGACGGUACAGAAACUCGCCAAACUCGGGGGAAAUCCGACGGCGGUCGCGAGGGAGGCUGGACCGCUUUGCGAAUCUAUCCUCUGCGCGCUACCGUGCCUCUACAGCGGCCUCAACGAUGUUUGCCCAUUUUCCGGCCUCUACACUGUGGACGUCAUGCUUAUCCCGCUUGACAAGGCGAUCCGCGUUGCCGAGUCGAUGGGCAUGCGGGACAUGAUCAAGCGCCAACUUCCCAAAGAAUGCCGUCCAUUCAUGCUCCGCCAAACGCUGCAGGAUCUGCGCCACGGAAAACAGAUUAAAUACUAU